AUGGAACAAAUAGACGAAGAGAAGGAAGUGAUCGCUCGUGGUGAUCAUGAAAGAGAUCCUAAUGUUGAUGAAAAUAAUAACAAUACAACACAAGUUCCCAUGAUGAGAAGAGUUAUUCUUCACCUAUUUAAAUACUUUAAUAUUGUUUCCUAUUUAUUAUUUAUCGGAGCCAUUGGAUGGUUUUUAUGUUGGCCCUUCGUUACGAAAAACAUUUAUUAUUCGGAGAAUGCUCUCUCUGUGUUUUUUCAUACACCAGAAUUUAAUCAACAAGAUGCUGAUUAUGGAGUUUCAAUUUUGAAUCAAUUAAAAACAUUGGAUAGUAGAUCAGCCAAGUUGGAUUUUAGAAAUCAAACUUAUAGUGCUGUUGAAAGUUAUUUAAAUUCUGAGAGUAUUCCUUUUUAUAGUGAAAUGAAGAGACAUGAGUAUAGUGUUGAAAGAAGAUAUAUUAAUAGGAUUGAAAAUGUGAGAGGUGAAAAUUUAUAUAUUGCUAUUAGACCAGGAAGAGGUAAUGGAAAGGAAUCUAUUAUAUUGACAGUUCCAUAUUUUAAAUCUGAAAGUUUGGCCUUCUCGUUGGCAUUGUUGAAAUAUAUUUCAAGAGUUAAAUGGCUUAAUCAUGAUAUUAUUUUGGUUAUUAGUGAUGGAUAUGAACAUAAUUGGGCUGGUGAAGAAGCUUUUAUCAAAUCUGCUGCUAUUCCUACUGGUAGAAUGAGAGAGGCCAUUACUUUGGAUUUGGAAUCAUUUGAUUUUCAACAAGUUGCUGUUCUUACUGAAGGUGUCAAUGGAGAACUUCCAAAUCUUGACAUGGUCAAUGUUGUGACUGGUUUAUUGAGUGAAAGUCAUUAUAAUAUGGGUCGUGGUGGUCUUCCUACUUUCUUUAAAGCUGACCUGACUGCAACACCAAAUGUUGAUGCCACCAUGCAACAGUAUCCAAACUAUAAGGAUCAUGUACCAGCAUUUAUCUAUUUACAUCAUGCAUUUUUGGAAAUGAUUAGAUCAUUUGGAAUUGAUUUGCCAAACUCUUUUAUGGAACGAAGUGUUAUUGUAUUGAACCAUUGGUAUAAUCAAUUGAUUUCCAUCCCAACUGGCCCACAUGCCUGGUUCAGACAACAAUUAACUCAUGCAAUUACUUUGACUAACUCUGUUACUCAGCACACUACAAAAAUUGGUGUCAUGCAUACCUAUUACAUGAUGGGAAGAAUUAUGGAAAUUAGUAUAAGAAGCUUGAACAACCUUAUUGAAGAGUUGCAUCAAUCGUUCUUUUUGUACUAUGUUACUGAUUCACAACAUUAUUAUGGAUUUGAACAUUAUUUACCAAACUUAUUAAUGUUCCUUGGUUGUUUGGCUAUUCAAUUUAUUGGAAACUACUAUGCCAGUACUGCAUCCGAAAAAGAACUUGCUCAUGCAGUCAUUUUUGUUAUUUCUAAUUUUGCUAAUGGAGUUUUAAUUUAUUUGACACCAAUUAUAUUGAAGGAUACUCUUCGUCAUUUGGCUCUUGAUUCGCAACAAUUUGCCACUUAUUGGAUCUCAAUAGUUGUAAUUUUGGUACUUUCUUCUCUCACUUUGUUCUACCCAGUUGUUAAUAGAAUUUACGAGUAUUUAUUCAAAGCUAAACCAAAUCCAAUCCAUUGGAGAUAUGCCAAAUCUCUUUCUAUUGCUUUUUCUGGAAUUAUGGUAGGAGCAAUCAUGAUUUAUUCGAGUGCCUUGUGUAUUUUCCUUUCCUCUUAUUUAUCAAUUUUGUGCAUUUUGACAACAGUUUUUCCAACUAACAUUAUUGCCAAGCUUGUUCAGCUUGUAUCCUUACUUGCAGCUUGUCCAUUCAAUUUGAUUAUUGUAAAUAUUCUUGUAAGACAACACUAUUUUGGAGAAGCUAUUUCAAGUCAACUCGAAUGGUUUUUCACAAUUACUGACCUACCUCAAAACCUAUUCUAUAUCAGUUUCUGUGUUGUCAUGAUUCCAACUUGGACUGUCUUGGUUGGAACCUCAAUAAUUUCUCUUUUCAAACAAAAAGAAAAAGUGGAAUAA